AUGGAUCGCCCAACCCUCUCCCGCUCGACCUCCCGCCUCCCCUCAUCCGUCUCCACCCGCUCAAUGGUCCGUCUCGCUUCUAUCUCAUCUACCACAUCCACUACCUCUUCCACGUCCACCCUCACUAGGCCGACUCUAUCCAGUUCUCGGAAAGCCUCGUCAACCCUCAAGCGGUCCACCACCGGCUUCGGGCUCGGUCGGACCAAGCUAUCUGUACUAGGCGAUACCAGCCCGCGAAGUACGUCGACGUCAUCAUCAUCGUCCGCGGGAUCGGUCAUGGUGAAUGGGAAGCGGAAGGCUUCGGAUGAGGGCGGGAUCGGGAAGAAGGUCAGGCUGUACUCGCCUGAAGGUCAGCGGCUACCUACAGUGACUUCUCGGUUCUCUCCAAACCGGCCGUCGGCAACGGCUUUCCGCCCAUCUGCACUCUCUACUCCGGCGCGCUACGGUCAACACGCGGUAUCGUCGCAACCAGGCGGGGCAAAAUGGGUCCACCCGCUUGCCCAUACUCCGAAUCGGGUAUCCGCAACUCCGCCGGACGAGGGGAACUCCGUGAGCUCGGAUGAGAUGCUGUUAGGCGAUAGCCCGGUCUCGCGAGUCGGUCCGGGGGAUACACCUAUGAAGACCGUGCAGGAGCUGAGGAGUCGGGGAUGGAAAGGCGGUGUCAAGGUGGAACAGCAGGCGAAGGAGGAGGAAGGAUUGGAGGAUGUCGGUAUGAAGGAGGAAAGCAUGGAGGAGAGCAUGAUCAUCGACGACAGCGUGGCCGACACUUUCGGGAACAACGAGCCCUCCACGUCCCGUUCGCCCCCUCGAUUCCACCUACCGAGGCAGGCCACCCCGCCCUGUAUCAAUCCCAUCUUCAAACUAUCCACCACCCCCACGCAAUCCCCUCCUAUCGCACCUCUUGCGGACCGCUCGUUAUUCCCAACCUUCGGUCAGCCGUCCUUACCCGCCGCCCCCAGUCCGCUGAAGACAUCAUCGCUUGUUCCUCCCACCCCAGCGUACACAAUCGUCCCGUCGCCUCGCAAAGGCCUCUCCAGCAUCUCACGCUUCGGCGCGGCCCGUCCACCGGCACCAGCUCUUACCUCCCGACCGACGACGAUAACCGGCACGGGCGGUCAGACGUCGAUGACGCAGUUCCUCUCGCGACCGGCGGUGGUUCCCUCUAGACCCUUGUCAUCCUCCUCAGCUGCUCCCCUGAGGAGGGUGUCGGAGAAGAUCAAGCCUCUACGAGACGAUAUGGGGGUGGAUCAACCUGAGACGAUGGUAAAGCCAUCGUUGGCCGCUUCAUCAGCGGGCGCAGCUCGGCCAGGCGGUAUGCUGCCUCCGUCCCGGAUCCCUCUUCGCGUAUCGAAGCCGGCAGCUCUCACUGGUACGACCUCCUCCACAUCCUCCGGUUCCGCCCCCACGGCCGGCGCGCUCAAGCGGUCCGCUCUCGGAAGUCUAGGCGUAGCAGCCCGUCCUCUCGCCCGGUCCACCACCUCCAACGCUUCCCUGUCCUCUCUCGCCGGUCCGACUGGCCCCUCCCACUCGUCCGACUCCUCCCAAGCAGAUCAGCCGGUCCGCCGCAAGCCCUCUUACCCCUCUUCACUCGGCUCCGGCCUCCUCCCUCGACCGCGGGACCGUCAAAUCUCCGUCCCUGUCCCCUCGCACAUCAUCGAGCCUAUACUCCGGGACGUCCCAACCCUUCCCACCUCGACCUCCGGUCCCUCGCACCCAAGCGGCCCGGCGCGCGAGCCACUCCGGUCCGUCUCGGCCCCUGCGGCACGCGAGAACCAGCCGUCGAGCGAGCGCAACUCGCUCAGCCUCAGCACAAGGCGGGAAGGAUGGAUGGAUACCUCUCGAUCCCUGCAUGGGCUAAGCGAAGCCCUCGAGCGUCUCAAAGUCAAGAAAGACGCUCCGGCCGUAGAGCCUACGCGACGCCCUUCACUCGCGGCCUCAUCGGCGCGGUCCAGCCUCGCCAUGGUCGUCGAUGGCGAGAAGGAGAAUAUCCUCGGCAAGUCGAUGUUACCGUCCUCGGCGAGUUCGGCGAGAUUAUCGGCGGUCCACAAGCCGAGGUAUUCGGUCUCCGGAGCGGGCGUGAGCGGUGCUGUCGUGGCCGGAACAGAGGACGAGGUCGGGGAUAAGAGCCUCGCUGCGAUUGUUUCAUCCACGAGCGGGAUGGGGUGCUUGAAGGGCGUGGUGGCAUAUGUGGACGUGUGGACUGCGGACGGGACGGACAGUUCGGGGAUUUUUGCCGAUAUGCUCCGGAGUCUAGGCGCUAGGGUACUGAGCAGACCAUCCGACUCGUGUACACACAUCAUCUACAAAUCCGGCCGACCAGCCACGCUAAACUGGUAUCGCAAGCAGAAGCAACUCGAGGAGGAAGAUCCGGAAUGUCGGCGACCGCACAUUGUGGGGCUGAGCUGGGUGACGCGGAGUAAGGAGGCGGGGAAGCGGCUGGAUGAGGGAAAGUAUGCGGUGGAAGUGGGAGAGGAGGAUGUGUUUGCUAAGAGGCGGAAGAGUAUGGAGCCGAAAUCGCUCUCGCUGGCUGCACUGUCGAGCUCGGUCGGGCCCGGGCAGAGCCACUCGUACUCCUCAAGCAUACAUUCCGGGAUCGCCGAGGCUAAGCGCAAGAGCCUGAUACACGCUCCCAAAGUCGGGUCACCCCUGAAGAAGGGAUAUAAGCGACCCGGUUCAGACGAGGAGAUGUAUUGA